AUGGGCAGCAACGAAGAACCACUAUUCAGCAAGCUGAACCAAGAUCUGGACUAUGAGGUCCUGAUAAUAGGGGCUGGGCUGUCAGGAAUCUACGCCCUCCAUCAGAUGCGCACACUCGGCCUUCGGGUCAAGGUGCUGGAGGCAGCGAGCGGGGUGGGCGGCACUUGGUAUUGGAAUCGCUACCCCGGCGCCCGGUUCGACUCGGAGAGCUACACAUACCAGUUUUCAUUCUCGCAGGAGCUCCUGGACGAGUGGACGUGGUCCGAGCAUUUUGCUCCUCAGCAUGAAACCCUCCGAUACUGCGAGUUCAUCUGUGACAAGUUCGACCUCCGCAGAGACAUGCAGUUCGACACCCGCGUCCAGUCCGCCCAUUUCCAAGAGUCCUCCAACUCCUGGCUCCUGACCGAUGCCAACGGCACGCAGUACUCGUCCCGGUUCCUGGUGACCGCCAUGGGCGUCCUGAGCAACUUCACCAUGCCCAACAUCCCCGGCAUCCACGAUUACAAAGGCGAAGCCUACCACACCGCGCGAUGGCCGCACUACCCCGUCAGUUUCGCAAACAAACGGGUCGCCUUCAUUGGCACCGGCGCAACAGGCAUCCAGGCCACGCAGGAGAUCGCCAAAACCGCCGGCCACCUCACCAUCUUCCAGCGGACGCCGAACUGGAGCGCGCCGCUCCGCAACGACAAGAUCACACCCGAGGAGACCAAGGAGCUCCGCAAGCGAUACCCGGAGAUGUUCCAGCGCUGCCGCGAGACAUCCUCUGGGUUCCUGCAUGCCGCGGACCUGCGACGCACGCUGGACGUCCCGCCUGCGGAGCGCGAGGCCUUCUGGGAGGCGCUCUACCAGACCCGCGGGUUCGGGAAGUGGCUCGGCAACUUUGGAGACAUCCACUACGACAGGCACGCGAAUGCCCUGUUCAGCGAGUUCAUCGCGAAUAAGAUCCGCCAGCGCGUGAAGGAUCCCAUCACGGCGGAGAAACUCAUUCCCAAAUGCCACGGGUUCGGGACGAAGCGGGUGCCGCUGGAGAGCGGGUACUUUGAGAUAUUCAACCAGCCCAAUGUGCGGCUCGUCGAUGUGAAGGAGGACCCUAUCGAGCGCAUCACGGAGACAGGCAUCAAGACGCGCGAUGCGGAAUUUGAGUUCGACAUGGUCAUCUACGGCACCGGGUUUGAUGCGGUUACCGGUGCCUUUACGGCCAUAGAUUUCCAGGGACGCAACAAGACCAAGUUGACGAGCAAGUGGAGUGAAGGGCCUCGCACGUUUCUGGGACUCUUCGUUGAAGAGUUUCCCAACAUGACAAUGAUCCUGGGGCCGCAUCAGAUGUUCGGGAACAUUCCUCGGAGUAUCGAGUACGCGGUCGAAUGGGUUACAAACUUCAUCCGUUUCUGUCGCGAUAACGGAAUCACCUACGCCGAGGCUACCGAGGAGGGAAUGCAGAAGUGGACAGAGCAUGUCCACCAGUGUGCAGAGGGUCUACUAGCUAACGAGGUUGAUUCAUGGAUGACCGGUGUCAACAAGAACCUGGCGCAUAAGCAGAAACGGAUCAUUGCCAGAUACCAAGGACCUGCCCCAGGAUACCGAAAGAGGGCACAGGACGUGGCGGAUAGGAACUAUGAAGAUUUGAUUUUAGCCUAA